UUUCUUCUUCCAGCUUCGCUUUCCUCUCCCUUUAAGAGAGACAGAGAGAGAGAGAGAGAGAGACUUCAUAAAUUAUCAUCUUUGCUUCACUUUCCCUCACAGAAGAGAGAGACUUCAAAAAUCAUCUUUGCAUCGGUUUCCGUUCAGAGAGAGAGAGAGAGAGAGAGGGGAUGGAGGGAAGGAACUGGGAGGAGUUGAACACCGAUUGUUUGAUGAAGGUGUUCGAGAAAGUAGGAUUGGAGUCUAUGAUAUUGGACGUGCCCUUUGUCUGCAAGACUUGGUACAAAGCUUCUCUCAAUCCUGAAUGUUGGAAAACACUUCGUUUUCCUGUUGGAAUCGGUGAUUCAUGGAUGUGGGGUUUCGAUGAAUUUACAGAUAGAUUCAUGGAAGUAUACCAAAUCGAGAAAUUUUCGGUCACAGGCUUUGUUAAACUACUUAUGACCCGAAGUAGUGGAUCCGCUGUCAAUAUAUUUCUUCCUAGUCACUGUACCCUUGAGGCUUUGGAGUUCGUAUCAAACGAGUGUCCUGCAUUGAAAUUCUUAGGCAUGCCUUACUAUCUGGUGGAAACUCAUGGCGAGCUUAUCCCAAAACUUGUAAGUAAAUGGAAGGAAUUACAGGAAUUGCAUUUGGGAAGCACUGGAGUUUCUUUCAAGGAAAUUCUUACACAAAUAAGUCUUAACUGUGAGAACUUUAAUGGGUUAUCCGUCAGUGGUUUUGUUCACAAUGAAGAAGCAUCAGCUAUUGUAACUCUACUUCCAAAGAUAAAGUAUUUGUGGCUGAGGAGGAGGACUUUAGUGCCGCGUGAGAGUCUUCAGAUGAUAUUGGAGGGUUGUAAAGACCUGGUGCUACUAGAUGCAAGGGAUUGCAUUGGGUUUGAAGAGGACGACGAAGAGAUAUUAAAGAUGGCUUCUCACAUCAAGACCUUCAUGGUUGAGGGUUCAUGUUUAUAUGAUGAGGAAGAUUAUUAUGAUCCCAUCACUUACAAGGAUGCGUGUAUCGAUGGUGAUUGUGGCUCUGAUUAAUUAAAUUCUUACAUGGGACUUAGUAGGUUUGUUGAUGAUGCAUUAGGGUUUUGGUCAGGUAUGCGACAAGGAAUGCAUGGCAUACGCAAAUAUAUAUAUAUAUAUAUAUAUCCUCUAUUUGUAUUAGCAGAUUUCUUUUGUAAGUCUUUGCAGGUUGUUGAUGAACCUUGAGAGCCUCAGCAAAAGUGGUCCUUGAUUUGUUUGGUGUGGUUUGAAUUUUCAUAAUGAAUUAUCCCUUUAAUAUAUUUAAAAGAUUACAUGUA